AUGGCUGGAGUAUUAGCCAGGGAAUGUUCAGACAAGAUUUCUUAUAAAAAGCAAGACAAGAAGGCUGACAUGAGAGGUGAGGAUGGUGUAUGUAGCGGCUCAAUCAGCAACUUAGCUCUUUAUAUCCCUCUUGAUCUGACGAUUGAGAUUCUGAAGAGAUUGCCGGCUAAAUCUCUUCAGAGGUUCCAAUGUGUAUCCAAGAUCCAAAACCAAGUAUUCAUCGAUUCGUUCUGCUCAAUGUCCCAGGCUCGGUCACGGUUUCUAGUCGCUGUUCGUAUUACUGAGAACCGUGUAAUCCUCUUAUCGACUUCACACAAUGAAACAGAGGUACCUACUACUUCUUUGGUUACCAAUCUUCCAAUGCCAAUACGCGGUUGCCGGCUGAACCCUAUUCGUUAUACUUCUUUGCAUACCUAUCCCGAAAUGACACUGUCCGGUUUCCCUGUGGACCUUGUUCAUUGCUCUUCCAUCCAUGGAUUGUUCGGUUUGUCACAUCCUUCAGAUCCAGGUCGGUUCACGAUAUGUAACCCUAGCACUAGACAAGUCAUAACAUUGCCGGAUAUCAAAGCUUCUAGUGGUAGAAGAGAGCACAUAUAUAUGUUCUUGGGAUAUGAUCCUGUUGGUAAUGUAUACAAAGCAUUGUGUAGCACGUCUUGGUAUGGCCAACCUUGUCAAGAGCACAUGGUUUUAACAAUUGGAGGAGGAAAUCUUUCAUGGAGAAGCAUCAAAGGUAGAAAAAUCCCGCGUUAUACAGUUGUAACAAAUGGAAUAUGCAUCAAUGGGAUGGUGUAUUACGGUGUGUCGACUACCCGAAGACAAGAGAAGAGAUUGUUUAUUUUUCGUUUUAACGUUAGAGGUGAGUGCAUAGGUUCUAUCAACACAUAUUGGCCAGUCAUAAAACAUGGAUCAUUGAUCAACUUCAAUGGGAGGGUAGCCGGGGUUAGGCCCUUACCACGUGAUCUUCCCGGUAGUUUUGAUUUGUGGAUUCUAGAUGACUUUGACAAAAAACGCCACUGGUAUAGGAAAGGACUAACUGUCCACCCUUUGUUGUUGCAUUUGUCCGGGAAUAUUGAGUUAAAAAUCUUAGGGAUGAACAAAAGCUACGAGGUCGUUAUAGGUCCGCUAAAGUUUCCUCCCAAGCAUGAGCCAUUGUACAUUUACUACUACAACAUAAGAGGCGUGAAGCUAUUCAGAAGGGUUGAACUUAAAGGAUUUGAAGAGUUUGGGUGCAAUCAUACAAGUGAAGAGCAAUGUGUUUGUCAAGUCCUUUUCUCACCGGAACACUUCGAAAGUCUCAUGUCUUUAUAA